AUGGCUGAUGUAAACAGAUCGGUGGAGCUACUGCGUUCCUUCGCUCAACCGAAACGGGCUGAAACGACAACAAUUUCUGGGAGCCCGUAUUGGCCGGGAGCUAGAACCGCAGAAGAGGUUGAGGCGUCUCGUUCACGGAGGAAGUCAGAAGCUGAACCGGUUGUGGACCUGGCAAAAGAUGCCUUCUAUGUAGUGCGCAAAGGAGAUAUUGUUGGUGUUUAUAAGGGUGUCGGCGAUUGUCAGGCUCAGCUUAGUUCUUCGAUAUUUGAUCCUCCGGUUAGUGUGUACAAAGGGUACUCUUUGCCUAAGGACACUGAAGAGUAUCUUGGUUCAUGUGGACUUACGAAUGCCGUUUACACAAUCGCGGCUGCUGAUUUGAAGGACGAUAUUUUUGGCAAGCUUAUACAUUGCCCUUUUCAAGAUCCAGCAUCUUUGCAAGGUGGAGCAACUGUCACGGAUGCGCUUAAAAGGAGAUCCCAUGAAGUGCCUGCAUCAGAUAAUUUGGGUGAAGAAAUUAUACCAGUGGUUCCAUGGGAUGAGUGGUGGGAACUGGCACUCAAGGAUAGUUCUAAUCCAGAAAUAGCCUUGCUUCCCUUGCAUCCAGAGUUACGUGCGAAUUUAAAUUCUAUGGAAGCAUGGGAAUAUGCUCAGAGUAUGUCAGGGAAGCCAUAUGGUUAUCACAAUAUGAUGUUUAGCUGGAUUGACACCAUGGCUGACAACUAUCCUCCUCGUCUUGAUACUCACUUGGUUGUUUCUAUGCGGACAAGUACGCAGCCUGCUUAUUCUGCAAAUAUGUGGAAUGAAGCUCUCAACAAGCGGCUGGGUAAAGAGGGGUUGGACCUGUAUGAGAUUCUAAUUGAGAUUGAGAAUCGUGAAAUAGCCUUUGAUAAUUUGCUUACAAUUCCAGAACAAGAUGAAUGGGUAUGCAUGCAGCAAUGCCAAAUCUACAACAUGUGUUGCAUUUAUUCUUGCAAUGUAUAAAGAAGCCGGGAUUUUUGGUCCUGUUUCCAACUCUAUCCAAGUUACUGAAUUCACGAUUUGUGAUGCGUACAUGCUUAAGAUUUUUGAGGAUAACCAAACCCGCUUGCCAAGUUGGUGCAACGGCAAGGACGAAUAGGUCCCGGAUCCUUGGUGAAUAUUGGACGGAACUACCUGAAUAUAACACCAUAGAGCCAUACGCUAACAUGAAUGAGCACUGCCCCUCCCUACCUCCUACUGACGACAGACCUCUAUGGUGCUAAAUUCAAGUCCCACUAGAUUUGUACCUCCCAGUUAGGCAUGUAAUACAUCAUUUAUCAAGUUGCAGUUGUGUAUUGAAAAAUUCGUAAGACUUAUGGGCAAGCAAUGGGCAUUUCUUAGUUGGGUAGACUUGGAAAGGCCCAGAGUUUUCCAAGGGCCGCAGUCCGUACGGCAUACAGUACAAACGUGCCCAAGUUCAAACGGAGAGUGAGAGGAACUGAGGAAGAGCAAAGGCUUCUGCGUAACAAUGGAGUGUGCCGGGAAGGGACAUGGGACUCGGUGCACAGGACCAGCCACAAACACAACCGCAAGAUGACGUGCUUGCUGUGGAGCUGUUGGUUGUUGCUCUGUUUCUCAGCAGGUCCUUCUAAUUUAUUGUGCAUUGGCCUGAUAAUAAAGAAGAGUGUGGAAGGUUGGAGCAACAUAUGAAGCAUAUGGAUAUCUUGAAUGAGUUUCCUUUCACUUUUACUCAAGAAGCUACUGUUCAGGUGUGUGAAAAGCAGGAGACAAGGUGUUCAGUCUUGAAAAAAAGAGGGGUCCAUCAGAUGGGAAUGUGGUUAUUUCCUUUGAUCGUUCAAGGUUUCUUUUGUUUUUAAUUGAUCUGCCUGGUUAAAUAAUUAUUGGGAUAUCUCAAAUACCCAUGUACUGGUAUCAUCUUGUUUAUCUUGCUAAGAUAAUUCAAUAAAAGUUGAUGUUUAUAAAUUUUUGACGUACACAUGCAGAGCCUUUUAUCUAUGAUAUCAAAGAAUUUAACCAGUUGGAAGGCAUACUAUGAAUGGAGGUCCAUCCCACUGCAUUCGCCUGUUGCUUUGGUUCUCCACCGGCCUCUUACAAUUUACUAUGCCACUCAAGUAGCUGGGUUAGGAAGGUGGACUUCUGGAAUCAUAGACAAAUUUUACGUACACUAUCUUGGUAUGUGUUUCAGCUUUCUAUCCUUACAAAAAACAAUGUGAAUGAUAAAGAUGUUACUUUGGUCGACAGAUUCAACAAUCUGAAAGGACUGGACCCAUGCAGACCCAGAUUAUAUAUUUCCAACCCUUUUUUCUUAAG